AUGAAGGAGGACAUUGAUAUGGAGCCCAGAAUCAUAGAAAGGUUCAUCAAGGAAACAGGAAAUGUUAUGAGGAAAUGUGGAUUUUUCAUUUCCGAAGCUCACCCUUUCUUAGGUGCUAGUACCUACUGAGAAAGGACCCUUAAUGGAAAUCUAGAAAGUAACAUCAAAAGAUGGCGAACCCAGAGAAGAUACCCUAUGUAGACUUGGUAUUUACAAACGAAAUAAAGAGAAAAUUGUUUUGAAUACAAACCAUAAGUACUUCUACCAACUUCAACAACAACUAUUCUGUCGCAAGUACAGGCAGUCACAUUUUGCUGUUUCAGAUGGAGUUUGCUUGAAUCAUAAAUUAGUCGAGUUUAACGAUGGUUUUUAGGAAGGUCCACUCAAGAAACUUGAGAAAUUCUAUUUUCAAAAUAUCCUGCCUGAAUUGGUCUAUCUAAGAGUGCUCCUAUAGGCCAACCUCGCUGGAAUAUAAGGAGAUUGCUUUUCUGUACAUUAGUUUGUCAAGUGUAAACGACUAACAAAUUAUCUGUCUUUGAAACAAUGUAUAAUCAAUCUUAGGGAUUAGGGUUGGCACGCUACUGGAGGACUGAUGAAAUUUUUUCCCUCACCCAUACCACUCCAGUCAUUAAUAUUUUGAGAUGGGCAGUCUCCCAGUGGAAAAAAANAAAGUAACAUCAAAAGAUGGCGAACCCAGAGAAGAUACCCUAUGUAGACUUGGUAUUUACAAACGAAAUAAAGAGAAAAUUGUUUUGAAUACAAACCAUAAGUACUUCUACCAACUUCAACAACAACUAUUCUGUCGCAAGUACAGGCAGUCACAUUUUGCUGUUUCAGAUGGAGUUUGCUUGAAUCAUAAAUUAGUCGAGUUUAACGAUGGUUUUUAG